CACCGCUGUCAUUUGACGAACUUUCGUUAUCCACUGUACCGGAUUUGUUUUCUAGGUGGCUUUUAAGCUGUUUAAUUAAUUUAUACUUGGAAGGUAUGGCGGAUACGACAGCGGAAGCAACACGCCGUUUAAAUGUUAAAAAACAAACUUUGGAUGACGCUUAUGCAGCGCCUGCAAAUUUUCUGGAAAUUGACGUGAUUAAUCCAAUCACACACGGCGUCGGCAAGAAACGGUACACUGAUUAUGAAGUUCGUAUGAGGACAAAUCUUCCAGUUUUCAAAGUCAAAGAUUCUACUGUAAGAAGAAGAUAUAGUGAUUUUGAGUGGUUGAGGACUGAAUUAGAAAGAGAUAGCAAGAUAGUAGUGCCUCCACUACCAGGAAAAGCUUGGAAACGUCAAAUGCCUUUUCGAGGUGAUGAUGGUAUUUUUGAAGAAGAUUUUAUUGAAGACAGAAGAAAAGGUUUAGAAGCAUUUGUUAAUAAAAUAGCAGGACAUCCAUUAGCACAGAAUGAACGGUGUUUACAUAUGUUUCUUCAAGAACCUGUAAUAGACAAGAACUACGUACCUGGAAAAAUACGUAAUACAUAAGUUAUACUAAGACUUAUUGCAAGUAUAUUUUCCU